AUGGCAGAUAAUGACAAUUACGGUUACCUACGGGAUCCUAGUGAAAUGGAGAACAGUCAAACGCGACUCUCUUCCGCGGAGCCGAGUUUCAAGCCAUUUCUUUUUGGAACGCUCUUUGUCAUGGGAUUGCUUCAGGUCGCUUCGAGUGUAGCAAUCCUGCUACAUUUAACAGGUUAUAUCCACGAGGUAGACUUCUCUGUUCAGCGGAAGUCGCUAGAGGCAGUGCAGACUGGACCCAUCCUGGCCAGAGCACUUAGAGAACCCAGAAAAAGAGACAGAAUACGGUGUACAAAAAGCCCCACGCCAAUGGCUCAUUUGCCCAUCAGGGCACCCAUCGACUAUGUCCAAAAAGGUGAGAUUCAGGUCAGGACAAUACAGUGGAAUGAAGCCCAAGGUAACCUGGAACGAUUCAGGUACCACAACGGUCGCAUUCUUGUCCAGGAAGGUGGUCUGUAUUACAUUUACGCCAAGACCUGCUUCCGGUACUACGUCAAGGCCUAUGAGCCGGGCUCCAGGCCCAGCCACCAGCUGGAGGACAAUACACAGCUUAUCCAGUAUGUCUACCAUGAGAAACACACCCAGAACACCAUCACGCCCACGGUCCUCAUGAAGAGCGGCAGCACCAAGCAAUGGGGGACAACCGACUACAACAUGUACUGCGAACAGCAGGGCGGGGUCUUCGCCCUGAAGGAAGGGGACGGGCUCCUGGUCAAGGUGUCCAAUCCCUGGUUGCUGGAUCCUGAAGCGGAGGGGAGUUACUUUGGCGCCUUCAAGAUAAGCAAAUGAGGGUUGUCCGUGAUUGGCUGCAGCACCGUACGGGUUAGGAGAACUUGCCGUGGCCACAAUCAGGUUGGGAGGGAUUUAAGUUCAGACGGGACGUCGGUCUCUCGUUGUCUGGUCACUCAUAACGCGACCCCCUUCCAGGUAUAUGAGGUUCCCAAGGUUUGCCUGCACAAACUGACAAAGGAGGUUGCACUCUCAAAGCGGGAAUUCUAACUGGGGAGAAAAUAGGGAUCAAGAAAGGUAAAUUAACAUGUCUAGUCUGGCACUGAACUCCUCUGUGCUUAUGAUCCUGCCUUAUGAACAUUUUGAAAAGUGUCCAAGAACUGCCAAGCACUGAAAACUGUGGUCUCUCAUUGCAUGAGGGCGGUUCAUUUAUGGUGGUAUGUUUUAAAGUUCCACCAGCAUCGUCUUUCACCUGGUGUGCUCAUGCAUAAAUGUUUUUUAUUUUAAUUUUUUUCCUGAAAGGAUUGGAAUGUGAAGCAAAGUAAAAGAAAAUACACCAGAAGAAAACAAAACCAAAGAUAGUUGGACUGUGUGAGUGUACAGCUUGAACAUACAAUUUCAGCGCUGGAUGAGAACGUAGUGAAAUUUUCUUAUAAUGUACUGUACUUAAAAUCCCUGCAUGAUAUAAUCCUGGGAUGUUCUGAGUGUUUUGGCAGCACACUUUUCAGGAAGAAAACCAUACUUUUUAGGAGGUCCAUAGAGCAUUCACUGGAGAGGUCCCAUAAAUCAGAGAGAAAGAGGCAGGGCCUUUUUACUACAAGGGUGGCACAUCUUAGGACACUUCCGCACUACCUUUGCAUGAUAUUUUUUGCAUACUGCCCAAUUCAUACUGCCCAUUGCGUACUAAAAAUACACACUAAGCAAUAGGCAGUAUGUUUAGUAGACAGUACAUAUUGUGGUGAGACAGUAGUUAGAAGGCUGUUUUGGAAAUGGCCAUAGCCUUAAGACUUCUUUUCAGCCAAAAUGACUUUGGUGCUCCAUUGUGUCAAUAAGAAAAAUAUUUCUAGUUUUCCUCCUAAAGGAGAGAGAGAAGACAAUGUAUUCAAUGUAUUUAUUUAUUUGAUAUUAAAUCAUACUUCACUGACGGCUCACUUUUAAAAUUAUUUAUUUGUUGAGACCUAUAAGUGUGCAUAAAGUAGAACCUAGUAGAACAUAUGUAUUUCCAUCAGUCAUUCCUAAUUUUGGAAGUGAUAUCGCAUUUGUUUUAAAGAAUUUGAAUCCUUUAUAAAUUAGAAUUAUAGCUUACAUUACGAAUGCCACAUUUUUAAGUGGGCUACUCUGAUUGUUAAGCUAUAUUCCUAAGGCUAUUAUACUGUAAAUAGGCCUGAUGAAGCGCAAUUGGAUAUGCUAAUUCUAGUUUGACACCAUGUUCAUUUGAACUGUCAUCCAUAGCAGAUUGUAACGUUUAGGUUCUACUGUACUUCCAUAUCACGAUAGGCUGUACUUUUGACAGAGGUUGUAAAUACACAAUUAAUAAA